GUCAAAACUGACAGUCUUGUUAUAAAAGAAAUAAGAAAACAAUACGAUCCAUAAUGAUUAAUGAUGUAAAUAAUUUAGGUUCUAUUAUCGAAAUAAAUGCAGAAGAACAAGAUCUCAGACUAGUUGGUUUACCAAAUGAGGAAAAUGAAUUUGUCUACGCAAAAACUUUCUUACAAAAAAGCAGUACUGACACUGGAGCAAAUUUAUACGACCAUCUAUCAGAAGUUUUGAAUAAAAUCUUAUCCGAACGCCCGGAAAAUGUCGUCGACUUUUUCGAAGAAUACAGUCGCAAAAUUAAAGAAAAACGAUUCAAACCACUCACUGAUCAUUUGGAAGACAUUUACGUGGAACCUGGACGAUAUCGUCAGGCUAAUAGAUUGAUGCCUUUACUCAAACCUUUACCACCUGAGGAACCUUCAACCCUCGACCCGGAAGACCUGGAACGUGCUGACAUGACCAAAAACAAUAUGCUUGACCUUUUGUCCUACUUCGAACUUGCCGGUCUUGGUCUACCCCGAACCGAAAUGUUUUGCCUGACUAUGUCCAUGAGACAAUUAAUCCGAGUCGAACCAAUUGCAAAAAUACGAUUUUGGGGGAAAAUUUUCGGAAUGAACAAAAAUUAUAUCAUUGUCGAGACGGAAUUGAAAGAUGAAGAGUAUUCCAAAAGAAAUGAAAAUUACACCGGGUUACCAGAUACCAAAAUCGAGGACAUAGUCGCCAACCAAUUGGAUGAUAUAACAAAAGCACAACUUGUGGGUGAAGGCGAGCCACCUAAACCAUGGGAGGUCCUGCCUCCAAUUCCCCAAAUUCAAUAUGAGGAGCCUCCAGAACCACCAUCGGAACCCUCAGGUGUUGGAGUCAACAAGAACGUUUAUUACGUUUGUAACGAAAUAGGAGAUCCUUGGGUACAACUUCCCGAUAUAACUCCAAAGCAAAUUCGAGUGGCUCGUCAAAUUUAUAAGACUUUUACCGGCGAUUUAGACCAACCAAUUGUCUCAUAUCCGUUUUUCCCAGGAACUGAACGAAAUUUUUUGAGGGCACAAAUCGCACGGAUUUCUGCAGGAACACACAUUUCGCCCUUGGGAUUUUAUACGUUCGGUGGUGAGGGAAUUGGUGAAGGAGGGGAAGCGGAUGAAGAAGAAGAGGAAGGGAAUAAAGGCGAAAUCAAAGAAAAUCCCAAAUAUGAUUCAGUGCCUAUCAAAGACCUAACUGACAGAUCUAUGAUGUUUUGGGUUCAUCAUAACCACCACAUAUUGAACCAAGGUCGUACGACGUGGUGGAACCCGAAUCCUUUACCAGAAACAGGACCAGAUGAAGAAUUGGGAGAGGAGGAAGAAGAAGCUAAACCGGUAGUGAUGGGUCCGGAACCGGAAACAGGACCUCCACUACUGACUCCGUGUUCUGAAGAUGUAACUUUAGACGCAAUUCCUGCAUGGUCUGUGCGAAGUUCUUCAGGAGUAGCAGAAGAGUUCGCUGUUGCUAUAGUCCGGUCAAAUUUUUGGCCUGGGGCUUACUCUUUUGCCACACAAGGCAAAAUGUUUCAUAAUGUUUAUUUUGGUACUGGUCUUAAAACCAUGGUCCCAAAUUUCUCACCCAUGCCUUUACCACCGGUCGAGCAAGACUAUCCUACAGGACCGGAAAUAAUGGAAAUUGUGGAUCCAACAGGAGCCGAAGAGGAAGCUUGGAGAAUAGCGCAUUUGCCGAAAGAAAAACCGCCGAAAUUGGUCGGCGAAGAGGAGAUCGGAGAGGAGGAGGAGGAAGAAGAGGAAGAUGAAGAUGAAGACGAAGACGAAUAAUUAAAGUUAUAUUAACCUUUGAAAAUUUCAAAAAUAUAAAUUAUUUCC